AUGGUGGUGCUGCUGCUGCUGGUGGUGAUGGUGCUGGUGCUGGUGAUGGUGGUGGUUGUGGUGGUUUUGGUGUUGUUGCUGCUGCUGCUGCUGCUGCUGCAGGAGCAGCAGGAGCAGGAGCAGCAGCAGCAGCAGCAGGAGCAGCAGCAGGAGCAGCAGCAGCAGCAGCAGCAGCAGCAGCAGCAGCAGGGGUAUCGUCUGAGAUGA